CUGUUGCGGGGAAAGGCUUCAUAGCAAAAGACAUGGCGUUCAUCAACACUGCAGGGCCAGAGAAGCACCAGGCUGUGGCUUUCCGGUCGGGCUCGGACCAGUCAGUCUACUACCGGUGCUCGUUCGAUGCCUUCCAGGACACUCUCUACGCCCACUCCAACCGCCAAUUCUACCGUGAGUGCGAUAUCACAGGCACCAUAGACUUCAUCUUCGGCAAUGCCGCUGUGGUCUUCCAGAACUGCAACAUCCAGCCACGUCAGCCUCUCGCCAACCAGUUCAACACCAUCACAGCUCAGGGCAAGAAAGAUCCCAACCAGAACACGGGCAUUUCAAUCCAGAAAUGCACGUUUUCUCCCAAGGAUACCGACCUCACUGCCGGAACUUACCUUGGUAGGCCUUGGAAGGAGUACUCUACGACAGUCAUUAUGCAGUCCGAUAUUGGGUCGUUUUUGGAGCCCUCGGGAUGGAAAGAAUGGGUCGCCAAUGUUGACCCGCCCAGCUCCAUAUUCUAUGCAGAGUACCAAAAUUCUGGCCUUGGAUCAAGCGUGGAGAAGAGGGUCCAAUGGGCUGGAUAUAGGCCCACUCUCACUGAAGAGGAGGCUUCCAAGUUUUCUGUGGGGUCGUUUAUCCAGGGUGGGGCAUGGUUGCCUCAGGCCGGUGUUGAAUUUAAUGAAUCCUUAUGAUUGCAGAAAUGGUUGAGAAAUGGGGUUUUACUAUAAAAUACACGGCAAAUAUCAAAUACUGAGAAACUUAUAAUUGGUCAUCACUUCUUUUUUUUUUUUUUCUUUUUUGGGUUAACAUUACAAUUGGUCAGCUUGUAUGAUUCAAAUGUCUUACACUAGUUUUUCUCUUCUU